GCCAGGCAGGCGCUUUGCCACUGAGCUAAAUCCCCAGCCCCCCCAUUUUUAUUUUGAGACAGAAUUUUGAUGAGUGACUAAGUUGCUGAGAGUGGGCUUGAACUUGCUAACUGAUUUUCUUUCAGAUUAUGUUAUAAUAUCUUAUUCUAAGAAAAUAUGGAAAAUAUAAAAAUGUAUAAGGAAAAUGAAAGGAGUUAUUCCAAAUGUAUUAAAUGUGUUAAUGUUUUAUUUUAUGCCUUUUGACCUUUUUAUAUUUGUGUACAAAAGGAAAACAUUAUUUAGUAGCAUUUAUUAAAGAAUGCUAAAGGAGACUGUUCUGGACUAUUUGGAUAGGUAUGAGGACUGCCAUAAUGCAAUUUUGCAGUAGCGGAAAGGGAUUGGAUUCAACUCUGAAUACACUGUAUUUGUAGCCAAGUCAGGAGGGCGAGGGGAGUCAAUGAAUGGAAAAUUACUAAAAGGAAACGAGGAAUCAGAGGGAGUCUUCUGAAGACAGGCCCAGGGUGAUGGAGAAUGAGGAAUCUGGACAGGUAUUGAGGCUGAACUUCAGUCAUUAUCUAUUCCUGGAACAUAUCAAGAGAAGAUUACUCAUCUAGGAAGUUCUCUGAUGCAUCUAACAGGUCUAAAGUCUUUAGAUCUUUCACGCAACUCUUUGGUUAGUCUAGAGGGCAUUCAGUACCUGGUUUCCUUGGAGAGUCUCAACCUCUACUACAAUUGCAUCUCUUCCUUAGCGGAAGUAUUUCGGCUCCACGUCUUAACUGAACUCCAGGAUGUAGACUUGCGGCUAAACCCAGUUGUGAAGAAUGAGCCUGACUACCGACUGUUUGUACUGCACAUGCUUCCCAGGCUGCGGCAGCUGGAUGAUCGUCUUGUGAGAGAGAGUGAGCGGAAGGCUUCCCGACUGCAUUUUGCUUUGGAGGACUCACUUGACUCAAAGGAGAGCUUACCAGCUGCUUUGAAAGUUGGAAGGCCACACCGCUCUAGGGUCAGGUGUGCUGAAACUUCAGCCAAGAAGUGCUUGGUCAUGGAUGCGGAUGACGAGGCGGUCCUGAACCUCAUUGCCGAAUGCGAGUGGGACCUCAGCAAUCCUCCUGGGAGCACGAGCUCCAGCCAGGAGCAGGAAGCCACCUUCCAUCGCACCCAAGAGUCCAGACAUCUGCUGAGCCCUCCAUCUGUCCAGCACCAGUGUGGGGACCCCUUGAGGAAGGGUCAUGAUAAGAGGAGAGCCAGCUCCAGCACAUGCUGCCCCGAGCAGCCACCUCCACACCAGCACUGUGGGGAGCUGUCCCCACAGCAUGGGAAACCUGAGGCCUGCUGUGCCCACAGCCCACACAUUGAUGUCAUCACCCACCCAGAUUCCACAGAUAUUGAGGACUCUUCCUCUUCUUGUCAGAAGCCAAGUUUGUCAUCACAAAAGGUGUUGAAUCCUUUGCCUGUUCCUGAAAGGUAUAGGAAGCGCAGGAUGCAUGGUGGAAGAUUCCAGAUGCUUUCAAACCAGAAGUGCCUGAGCCAUCUGGAGAGGGCUAGUGGACUCCACAGCCUCACGGAGAGUUUGAGCAAGCAAGACAGCUCAGGGGGCCCGAGCCAGAGGGCAUUUUCUCUUCCCAGGGCAUCAGAGGCUGAAGAGCAGACAUCUCACAGCCCAUCCAUAUCACACUUGACAGCUCCGCUAGGGGAGAGGGCUGCCCUGGACAUGGUGUUCCUGGAGGCGCUCCUCAACCUGGUAGAUAAGUACUGGAGUGGCUGCAGGUCUCUGCAUGGGAACCAGGCAUUCCUAGCCCAGGCGAAGCAUGUUUUGUCAUCUGUCCAAGAGUUGGCAUCAGCUCAGGGGAGCACAGCACCUGGGGAUGAAGAAGUCAGCUACCUGGUCCUUGAAAAUCAGUCUCUGCACAUGCGGCUUGCCGAGCAGCAGCAACAGUACACCACAACCAUGAGUGAGGUGACAGCGGAGCUUAGUAGCACCCAGCGGGAGAUGGACCUCGAAGGCCUCCCCACCCAGGACUCUGCCACCUUAAGAGCACUGCCUAACUGCUACACACCUAGGCCACAGGAUACCUUGAGACAACAUUUAGACAGAUCUUUGGAAGAGAAUAAUAGCUUAAAAUCUAUGUUGUUUAACAUGAAAAAAGAAGUGAAAAAUGGAGAAACUUCAGCAGCAUUAAAUGUGCAGAUCUCUGGACUUCAGGCAAGUGUCAAGCAACUGUCUGGUGAGGUUGUAGAACUAAAGCAGCACCUUGAGCACUAUGACAAGAUCCAGGAGCUCACCCAGAUGCUGCAGGAGAGCCACAGCUCCCUGGUCAGCACCAACGAGCACCUCCUGCAGGAGCUGAGCCGGGAAAGGGCACAGCACAGGGCAGAGGUGGAACAGAUGCGCUGGAGCUUCCAGGAGCUCAAGAAGACUGCAGCCCUGUUCCCGCCUCACAGCGCCAGCUUUGGGGGCUGCCAGUCGUGCUGAUCCUGCUCAAAGCUAUGCAUCUCCUCUUGCCUUUGGCAUAGCCCCUUGUGUGCAUUUUUGUGCUUCUCUUUGCUGGUGAGACCUGUUCUUUGUGUUUGUAAUUACAUUUUCCUCAUUGAAACACAUUCAGGGUCUAUAGCUCAGCUCUCUGAAGCAUCCUAAACUGACAGGGUGGGCCCAGCCUUCGCCUGUUUGGAGACAUACUGAUUGCUUCGCCAUCAGAAUACCUGAGAUGCAGGCAGCAAGGCACUUUCCUUCCUAAUGUGAUGCACUGUGUAUGCUAAUUAAAGGAAAAAUUUCUUGUGUGGUAAGCA